CAAUCAAUGACGUAUGUUGAUAACACGAACGAUUAAUUUCCAUUUUAAUACUCGCGUUAUUUAUGUAGAUUUUGAGCUUCAUUCUUGGCAUAAAUGAUUUUAAUAUUUGUUUAACAAGACUGCUGAUACAUAACUACAAAAUGACGAGCACCUGGAGUACAACGGUGCCAGAUUUCGUUGAAAGAAAAGGGUCGAUGUUUUUGCGUUCAAAUCACAUGAAUUAUGCAAGGGCAACCCUCACCUCAAACUGGCAUCAAGCCAGAGAAGCUGAACCUAAAGAUUAUGAUAUAAGUCGUGAUGCUGUGAGAGAUCUUUGUAAGGCAACUUAUGGUCGGAUUGGUAAUAUAACAAAUGGUUCAUUACCAAAAACAACAUAUCAAGAUCAUUCGGAGGAAAUCUUUUUACGAAAGAGAGAGUUUGAAGAAAAAGAAACAAGAAAACCUAUGAUCACCAUAGAGAAUUUUGCUAAUGCAAAUAUUGAUAGAGAAUUAGGAUCACCACAAAGUGGAUAUGGUUCAGUCUUACCACGACACCAUCCAGAUCAUCAUAAAUAUUAUUUAGAGAGUACACAUGCAGCAGAUUAUAAACCCCCAUAUCCUUAUAUUCCUUCAGAUUCUAAAAAAGAGGAGCAGCCUGAUUUGUCAAUAGCUUUCAAGAAGUGUCAUUCUCAGUUCACAGAUACAGGAGAUUAUCGUAGAUGCGGUCGUAAUACUUGGCAAGAUGAAAGUGGUAUUUACAACAAUACGCAUUUUAAGAGACAAAUAUUUAAAGUGGCUGACCCUAUUCCUGUUCAAUUAGAGUAGCUGUUUUUGUUUUGAGAAUAUUAUGAGAAAAUAUGUCAAUUAAACUGUUUUUUGCAACAUAAUGAAGAAUAUUUAUCAUAUUUACAGAAAGCAGACGAGCACCAUGCAUCGUUUUAUAAAAGUAAUUUAUUAGUGUUAAAGGAGCGCAAGCCAUCCCAGAUAUUUGUUAAUAAAUAAAAAAAGUUAAAAGACUCUUAAUAUCCCAGUUCCAUGUUACUAUCUUAAGCUCUGUGACAAUUAUUUGAAGAAAAACAAUUACCAGUUUUCAUGUAAUUGACCACAAGUUUCCAAUAGAUUUAUAUUAGAACAAUAAUACAUAAUUUUACACAAGGGACUGGUCCUUUAAUAUUAAACAGAUAUUAACAAAGGGAUAUUUUUAAAUUAACAUGAUUCUCAUAUCAGAAAAUAUUUGAUUAAUUUUAUAUUAGCAUCUUUACUUUUUUAUAUAAGAUUUAUGUGAUUAAUAUUUAUACAUGUAUUUAAUAUAUCUCUGGGUUUUAUUAAAUCAUUUGUUAAUAAUCUGUAAUUGU